UUUCCAUUUCCCGGACGUCCUCCAAGUUUCUACAUCUACCUACCGUUACCCCGUGACCCCAACUGGCACAAGUAGUGGUGUGUCUCAUAAUUAUUUUAUAUCAUACGAGCGUAUCUUCGCAAGUCGAGUUCUGGUGAGUUUCGAACGCUGUUUCCCCGUCCCAGGAUGAUCGCGGGUCGGUUCGCAAUUGUACGAAGUCUGUCUACAGUUCGUCCUCUGGAAGGGUUCCGUACGAUUGGCACUGGGAUAUAUCUGCGGGAUAACCACGAACAAUGUCAAGAUACCAGGUCUCCGAAUGUCGUUUUGAUAUUCGGAUGGCUAGGAGCACAUCCUAGACAUUUGCGGAAUUACACAAGUGCAUAUGCCAAAUUAUACCCAAAAGCGUCUCAGAUCGUUGUUCAGUGCAAUACCGACUUGCUCUGGACUACAAGGAGUGCUAGGUCACGGAAGCUCAAGCCUGUCAUUGAUGCCUUAGAAGCACUACAUUGCUUACCAUCCUCCUCUCCUGCCCAACGGCCUGCACGAAUACUUACGCAUGCAUUUUCCAAUGGAGGUUCCCUGCAAAUGACACUUCUUGGACAUAUUCUGCAGCAGAAAUACAGUUCCGCACCAGUUCUAGGGUCUGUGAGCGCGUUGGUUCUUGACUCGUGCCCAGCAACGGGCGACCUAAAAUCAAUCAAACUAUCUGUCAGAACUGCCAUCCGGAACCCAAUCGCCAGACGCAUCGUACUCGCAAUCGUACAUACAAUAUACUCUGUUCGCUUCGGACUUUCUUUACUGUUCGGUAAGCAAAUGAUUAUGUUGGAAAACCUCCAAAUCGAAAUGUGGAAUCCCCGCAUCCUAUCGUGGAUGGGCCUCCACACACCCCGCCUCUACCUUUUUUCGCGCAACGACAAAUUGAUUUCGUGGCAAGAGGUCACACGACAUGCCGAGAUUGCGAAGGAGCGCGGAAUGGAUGUACGUUGCGAGCUGUUUGAAGAGAGCGCACAUGUAGCGCACGCGCGGGUCGAACCAGAGAGGUAUUGGUCUUCAGUGCAGAAGGUCUGGGCUGUCGCAGCCAAGGAGGAAAGGGAGGAUUAGGGAAUAUAUUUGGUUGUUUAUAUAGUUCUUGAAUUUUGUCCAAAGGUCGCAUGUUCGCCAGCUUGACACCCUUGAGCGAGAGCGAGACCACAUCACCACC